AGCGAACAUGAAAAUGAAAAUAUCGUGUCGAGUAGAACAUUACCAUGGACAAUGCCAAUGGCUUUGUCAAUGUCAUUGAAGAAAAAUAACAAGAAACCUAUAAGACGACACGAAGAACACUAUGAUGAAAAAGGCAAGGACACAAAGAUUUCAAAGAUCUUUCAGCUGGCAGUAACUGCACUCUCUUUUUUGGCAUUCGGUGGUUAUCUCCUUACACUCAUAAUUACAGCAAUUCGUCGCAAUAAUGGAAAUGGAAACGGAAAUGUCGUCAUAUUUUCAAAUCUACAAAGCCUACAAAAACUAAACCGUCCUAAACGAAAUAUUUUAAUAUUCGAUCCGAUGGAAAAUAACUUCGAAACAGACAAACUCUAUGAAGGAAUGAUUAUGCUUUCGAGAAGUUACGCCUUAUACAAUUGACCACAAAUUAUGAACUUUGUGUUUUACAGAUUUAUUAUUUAUG